CGUUAUUCGAAGUCAUCGUCACCUGGCAGCAGUCAACUUUUAAUUAAUCGAAUCUGCUGAGCUCUUAAAAGUUACGUCUUUCCUGAUGUUUCCUUCAUCUGGGAUUUUUGCUGAUAUAAACUGUCCCUUCGAGCAACUUGGACUUUGUGAGCGACCCCAUUGCAUAUACAAACAUGCUACAAAAUCGUGGGAUACGUGUGGUGGUUUGAGUAAAUCUUCAAUUGUGGACUUAACAGGGACCCAGUAUGACAGUCCAUAUGCUGCCUGUGGAGAACCUGUGAAUGAUGGGACCACGGGCAAUUACCUACAUGACCUGGAGCGAAUUAACAAGGAGAUUGAAACCGUAAGGCACCAGGUUGAACAGGAGCAACGCCGGCUGUCCUGCUACCAGACUAUACAGGCAGACAACAAAAACGAUGCACCCAUCUCAAAGCAUACAACCCAAGUACGAACAAGGAAGUAUGUGGUUGACAACACAAAACCAAGGACUGAUUUAGAGUAUGACCCUCUGUCCAACUUUUCUGCUGCCUUGCGAUCUUACAGGUCAUCAAAUAAGGAGCAGAAGGUAAAAAACCAACAGAGUCUGGAAAUAUCAAGACCUGCAGAUUGCAGACCUUCUAAUGAAAUAGCGCCAGCCCCUUAUCAGGUCCCGAUUUCCAGAUCUCCAUCUCCAGAGCUACUUGAUGACUCUAAUGAAGAUAGCAUCCUAAUAAUUGAUGAUCCUUUGUCACCAGUGGAAAUAAGCAGUGAUGUUCAAAGACCUAUUGUUUCUUUAGUAGGAAAAUCAUCUCAGAAUAUGGAAGAAGUGAGGAAAGGCAAAACUGUUCCUGAUUUACUAGAUUGUACUUCAAAGAAACUUAAAGCUGCUGACGUGCUCGAUGUGACCUCUUCAUCAGAAUUGAGAUACGAUACUAAUGAGGUUUAUAAUUGUGGAGAUAACAAUUCUCCACCUACAUUUGGUUAUGGCAAAGAAUAUAAAAAAGCACCAGUUGACGGGAGUGUAGUUGCCUUAAAUGAAUGGAGCUACCCUCAGAGUGAGCUGUCCUGUACUCUUGAGAAAGUAAAUCCAUUUUCUUAUAAAGUUCCACCUGCUAAUUCACCACCCAUGCAACACAUUAAACAAAUCCUGACAGAGCAGCCAGCUCAGAACAGGGUUCAUAGCCACAAGUCCCCUGUGCAAAGUGUGGAAUCCCAUGAACAAAACAACCAGAAAGUGCCAGAAGGGUUAUUACAGAAGCAGGGGAACAUAAACCAUGUUUCACCUGUGACAUGCCAGGUGCGAGCAGAGCCACCUUCAGGCAAAAGCCAGUUUUCAACUGGUGUUUCAUCUGUUCACCCCCUUAUGAGUAACCGAGCUGAAUCCAGUGAGCAGCUGUUCAUUUAUGAGAAUGAACCUGUUAUAAUAAUCAACUCCAGCUCUGAAGAUGAGGAGAAAGGACUUAACUAUUCAGAUUUGGAGCUGUCAGACAGUGACCCAAUGGAAGAAUGCUACAGGAUCUUUAUGGAGGCAAACCAGGAGGAUAAGAAAAACCAGGAACAUCCUGAUGAGACUGUUGGAGCUAAUAUGGAUGUUGAGAAGCCAGAGGGAGAUGUAAAGCUUCAACCUUUGCCAGGGAAGAAAAGAAUGGCCCAUGAAGCCCAACAUAUCGAGUCAUUGGCUAAAAGAAGACCUCAGCCACAAAUUUUGGUCCCACUCCAAGAGCCAGCAGCUUCAAAAUUUGUCUCCAAUCCCACUAUCACUUCUAAGAUCCAGCAGGUACAGCAGAAAGCCUCCACGCUGACUGCUUCGGUUAAGGCUAGUCAGGCUUUUGUUUCAUCCACUAGUCAGAGGAAGCCAGAAGCACAGAGUGCACUUCCUUUGACUCAAACCCAUGGAAACCUGCAGCCUCCUCCGGUGCAAAAUGCUUAUUUGAACUACAUACCUUUGGGAACUGCAGUAAUUGAAGUGGGCAACAACUUGCACUUGAUCCUCCCACAGAGUGGAUUCCCUCCAUCUGCUGCAUCCACUUCCACCCCUGUUACUUCGGUCCUAACUCCAGUGGGUCAAGUGCAUCCAAACGGCGUUACACUCAAGCAAGCUUACCACCCACUUACAAUUACCCCUUUGCCCAGAUACCGCUUAACAGCGCCUGUACUUAUUGCCCCUCCGGUGCGUAGACCUGCACUGAACUCUGGUUUUGCAUCCACAUCAUUACAUUCGAAAGCAGCUUCCGCAGCUCCACAAGCUGCUGUCCAGGCAGCUGCUAAGCCUGUUCCUGCUAAACGUAAACUGAGGCAGCAGUGUGAAGCUGCAAAAGACAAAGUUCCUCAUGAUGUCCGCCAACGUUACGUCAACAUGUUCACAGAGGAGUUCCUCAAAACAACAGCUAAUGUUAAUGAGGCCUUUGAGAAGGCCCUCGCUGAAGAGAAGACUGUGUACAACCGCAGUAUAAACAAACUCAAAUAUCUGAGUGUUGCAGUGAAUGCACUCAAGAAACUGAAGAACCAAAGUGCUGCUGCAGCAAAGACAGAUGAAAAACAAGGCAAUAGCCAGAAAUCAAAGGGCAGCAUACCUCUCAAUCCCCUAAAAAUGAAAGGAAAUGAUGAGAUGACAUUGUAUGAAAUUUUGCAGGAUUAUGUUUUGUCUGAUGAAAAAAUGAUUGAGAACAACUUUCCUGUCCCGCACCCAGAAAAACGUGGCUCUGCUGUUCUUUUCAAUGAUAAGAAAGUGAACACAGAGUCUCUUAAAAGGAUCUGCUGUCGAUGUGGAGCUACAUAUUCUGUAAGCCAAACAGGCAAACACAUCCGGAAGGAGGAGUGCAACUACCAUUAUGGAAAAGGAGUUGAGAAGAGAGUACCAGGUGGAUUGGAGACCCGCUACAGCUGCUGUCAGGGAGUUAUGGGAGCACCUGGAUGUCAGGUCUUUAAGUUGCAUGUCCAUGAUUCUCUCAACCUGGAUGGGUUUGUGUCUACUGCCUCCAGACAUCCAUCAGACAAAAGCUGCCCUGGUGUUUACUCCCUGGCUUGUGAAAUGUGUUAUACCAUACAUGGUCUGGAGGUUUCCAGAGUGACGGUAGUCAACUCUAAUGUUCAAGUCAUCUAUGAUACCUUUGUCAAACCUGAUAAUGAGGUUAUCGACUAUAACACCAGGUUUUCAGGCAUCAGUGAAGAGGAUGUGAAGGAUAACCAUACUUCCCUCAAAGAGGUUCAAGAAAACUUGCUGAGCUUCAUCAGCGCUGACACUAUUCUUAUCGGACAUGGCCUGGAAACAGAUCUCUGUUUACUGAAGUUGCUUCAUGGAAUGGUGGUGGAUACAUCAGUGGUGUUCCCCCAUCGCCUGGGCCCGCCACACAAGCUGAGCCUCAACAGCCUCACAGCUGACUACCUCAGGAGGAUCAUCCAAGAAAGUGUUUGUGGCCAUGAUACUGCAGAAGAUGCAGCUGCUUGCAUGGAGCUGAUGCUGUGGAAACUCAAAGAAGAUGGGAAACUGAAGAAGUGAUGGGAGGAGGGGAAAAAAAGUCCCAAGCUUACUGUAUAUGAAAGAAAAAUAUGUUGCUCAUAUUUAAAUGCUCUACUGGUGUGAAGUUUCAUCACCUCCAUUUGCACUUUUUCUUUUGUUAAUUACAUCACAGAAUUUGUGUUGAUACUAUGUUUUCUGUUUGUAAAAUUUUGAUUUGGAGUCUACGUUUGUAUGUCUGAAUAUCUGAUCCUACACGGAUCAGUUGAUAUGAGCAGUUUCCAAGUAAAGGCAUAAAAUAAAGUGUGUAUAUAUUUUUUUUAACUUACAACAGCCAAUAAAUUACAAUUUAAUGACAAAUUGGCCUCAGGUGUAGAUAUGCAAAUGAGCACAGCUGUCAGGAGUUGAGGUAAUUGCAUGGACAAAAAAAUAAAUGACCACAAUCAUGAAAAUAAAUUUUAAGUUUGUGACCAGCUCUAAUCUCCCAUUACAUUACAGUGUAUUCACAACCAAGCUGCCCACUAACAGCUCAGUUUUAUUACUCUGCCUUUCUCUUUGUCAUUUUGCUGCCACGAAGCAGAAACUGCAGGUCUUGAGGGUGAAUUUGAGCAACAGAACGAUGAACAGGAAGAAGGUUAUAACAUCCAGGCUGUGAUACUGGUACCAGGGGAACUCAUGGGCUUGGAUGCAUGUUAUAUUGGUCAGAUGUUAAAAUUCUGUCAUUUGAUUUCAAGUCACAAAGUAGGAAAAUGCUGUCAGAGAUUUAAUAUAGUAUAAGGCACUGUGUAUAAAGAUGUAAAUAUAUAAAGAUGCUGUGCU